AUGGUAAGAGACGUCUUUUCAGAAUCACAACUUGCUGGUCUUGUCGGUAGUCUUGGUAUCGGUCAUGUCAGAUAUCCCACGGCCGGUUCUUCAUCUACAUCUGAAGCGCAACCCUUCUAUGUAAAUUCUCCUUAUGGUAUCACCUUUGCUCAUAACGGAAAUUUGACGAAUGCUGAUGAAUUAAGAGUUUAUCUGGACAAGAUUGCUCAUCGUCACAUCAAUACAGAUUCUGACUCGGAGCUCCUCUUGAAUAUUUUAGCCAACAAUCUCCAAAAGACCGGAAAAUUCAGAAUCAAUGAAGAAGAUAUUUUCACUGCAAUUAAAGAUUUACAUUGUCAGGUAAGAGGUGGGUAUGCAUGUGUGGCCAUGGUUGCUGGUUAUGGUAUUAUUGGUAUCCGUGACCCUCAUGGUAUCCGUCCUCUCAUCAUGGGUCGCCGUCAAAACCCUGCUGGUUAUGACUACAUGUUUUCAUCUGAAAGUAUUGUUUUAGAAUCCCUCGGAUUUACCGACUACGAAGAUGUCAAGCCUGGUGAGGCUGUGAUUAUCACACAAGGAGGUCAUGUCUCGCGUCGUCAACUUGUUGUCGCUGAAAAAAUAGCUCCCUGUAUUUUCGAGUAUGUAUAUUUUGCUCGUCAGGACAGUGUCAUUGAUGGUAUUUCUGUGUAUGAUGCUCGUUUGAGUAUGGGUGAAGCCUUGGCUGACCAAGUUACACGCUCUUUUGGUAAAGAUUUAGACAUCGAUGUUGUCAUUCCCGUACCUGAUACCAGUCGUGUGGCUGCACUUGAGCUUUCUCGUAAAUUAAACAUUAUUUAUCGAGAAGGUUUCAAUAAAAACAGAUAUGUAGGUCGUACCUUUAUCAUGCCUGGACAACAAACCAGACGUAAAAACGUACGUCGUAAGUUGAACGCCAUGACUUUAGAAUUCCACGACAAGAAUGUCUUAUUAGUUGACGAUUCUAUUGUUCGAGGAACCACUUCAAAGGAAAUUAUCCAGAUGGCACGAGACGCAGGAGCUAAAAAAGUGUAUUUCGCUUCAUGUGCACCUCCUAUUCGAUACCCCAAUGUGUAUGGUAUUGACAUGCCUACACGUCAAGAACUAGUUGCUCAUGAGCGUAAUAUUGAGCAAGUGGCAGAAGAAAUUGGCGCUGAUAAAGUAAUUUAUCAAGAACUGGAUGACUUGGUACAAUCUGUACGUCGUUUUAAUACUUCCAUCCAAACAUUUGAUACGUCCGUCUUUGAUAAGCAUUAUGUGACGGGAGACAUUGAUGAUCGCUAUUUAGCACAAUUAGAAGGUGUGCGUAGUGAAGGUACAAAGUCUCGCUUAAGUAUCGACAGUGAUUGUGUUGGUCUCUACAACAGCUUUCAAACCAAACCAUAG